AUGUCCGUUCAGAGUGCGAUAUCAACCGCUAAAGAACUUCAGGAUGCAAUUACCGAAGCGAAGGACAAGUUACUCGCCCUGUACUUCCAUGCGAGCUGGUCGCCUCAGUGUAAGCAGGUGGAUGUAUUGCCCGAUCUUGCGAAAGACGACGAUCUGGCGCUGACAAGGUUCUGCAAGGUCGAUGCUGAGCAAGCCAAGGAUGUAAGCCUGAAGUAUAAAGUCACCUCAGUGCCAACAUUUGUCAUCCUUCUGAAUGGAAAGGAUGUUGACAGGGUAGAAGGCGUGAAUGUAAUGGAACUGGUGCGCAAACUGAAGGCACUGAAAGUACGAGUGGAGAUGCCACCACUUGCGGCUGCUGAGAACCGGGAGCUAAUGCAGAGGCUGCAGGCCAUCACAGCCCAGGCUCCUUGUGUGCUUUUCAUGGAGGGAAGCAAAAAUGCACCUGCUAAAGGUGACAGCUCAGAUGCAGUGGCUUUGCUACAAAAAGCUGGCCUUGAGUUCCAGCAUUUUGACGUGACCACAGACUCAGUACUUCGGCAGCAGCUCAUUGAGCGUUUGACAAACAAGGGAGCUUCCAAUUACCCACUGUUGUUUGUCAAUGGAGAGUUUGUUGGUGGCAUUGAUAAAAUAAAAAGGCUGGAUGAACAAGGACAGCUGGCCCACCUGUGUGCUUCUGGAGACCUGACACAGAGACUGCAGCAGCUCAUCAGUAAGGCACCAAUCAUGGUCUUCAUGAAAGGCUCACCUGACUCUCCUCGGUGCGGCUUCAGUCGAACUUUGGUGGAGAUGUUCAAGAAGCACAAAGUCACCUUUGACAGUUUUGACAUUCUGACAGAUGAAGAUGUGCGACAGGGUCUCAAGCAGUACUCAAACUGGCCAACAUACCCACAGGUGUACGUCAAAGGAGCACUUAUUGGUGGCCUCGAUAUAAUCAAGGAACUGGAAGAGAGUGGUGAGCUUGAAGCUGCUCUAAAUCCAUGACUACCUAGUGCAUCAUGCUCUUUCACAUGAAUAAACUCCAUUUGUGCUACCUGGCCA